AUGAACCAGUUCCUCCCAAAUCCCCCCAUGCCGGCUCCCGCUUCCCCGACCUCUCCUACGUCCCCAUCAGUCGUCUCAUACUCUCUUCUGACCUCCUUCUCAUCAGCUCACAGGCACAGGCACAGUCACAGUCAGUCACACCCACAUCUCACCCCAUUCCACCCGAUCCUUCACCCCACAAUCCCACUACUCACAAGCGAACGUCAACACCAUCUCAUUCGUCGCCGUCGCAGUCAUCCUCAAGCCACCCCCGCCUCAUCUCACAUCGACCCCCCCCCCCCCUUUGGACGUGGCAGUCUGCACAUGCUCCUCUCAGCAGCCAUCGACCAGAAAGGCAUCGUCACUGUCCACUGCCGCCUGGCUGCCGCCGCCAUUUGCAAUUUGCCUGCCUCGUGCCGCAACUACUACUGCACAGCGCCCGUCCUCCCUCCUCAUCCGCACGCCACACCUCCUCCGCCUUGCCGCGAUCAAAUCGAAAUCCUUUCCUUCACUGGUCCUGGCCUCUCCACUUCUUCCCUGAGGGACGAGCUCGAACUUCCCCAAGCACCCAAUUCUGUCUCCGUAGCAAAUCCGCCGAGCAAACCGCCGCUCGUGCCCUUCCAACGGCUAGCCAGCCAUGCACACACAAGUCGCCCUUUUUUUUUUGGGGGGGGGGGGGAGGGUUUAGCUCCCCAAGGAGCCUCGACUCGGGCAACGGGCAACGGCCGCUUCGUCUUAGGCCUAUGCCGCCUGUGA